AACCGUGGUGUAAUUUGGGUGUGAAUGUUGGCUCAUUGGUUGUGUGUGAUGUGUUCUUGUGGCUUUUCAAGCGUCAGACAGGCGGUAGUUUGAACAAGCACUUGGUGCUAAGAUGAGGAGUAUAGCAACAGGGCACACAAAAAUGGUUGUAAAAAAAUGUAUCACCAAUCCAACAGUGAUGAGCAUAGUUUAUUUGGAGACAUUUCCUAAAGCAGAAAACCACAAAGAAAAUAAGCGCUGUGUGAGAAGUAAGAGCUCUCUGGGAUCUUUGAACUCAAACAUGCUGAAUGAAACCGGAUAACUGCAUACAAUACUAUUGUAAACAAUAAACCAUUUGUUCUCGUGCUUUGCUCGUAUAAAAUACUUAACAUAUGAAAAUGAUUUGUGUAGAGUUUUGUUUGUUUACUCUCAUAACAAAUAUUUUUUAGUAAGAGCCACAUGAAAGGUAAUAAAUAUUUAAAGGGAAAUAAGAUAUAUUCUUAUCAUUAUUUGUGACAUUUUAAUCAUUUUCUAUACUUCCAUGCCAUUGAGUAACAACAGUUUCCCUCUGGGGAUGUGUGAUCUGUGAUUGGGUAGCUUGAAUAAUUGGGAGGACAAGUUUUCUUCACUCCACCGUGUCAGUUUUCUUUGUUCUCUGCUUUCAACAAGGUGAACCCCCACAGACUAAACACGCCCCCAUGUUAGAGUCAAAGGUUCCCACCCCUAUUUAAUCAGCAGCACCCAGCUGCAGGAAGUUUCCCGUUGGCUUCAUGGUUGAGUUGAACCUCCUGGUCCAAUGGCAGUCAGCAAGCUCGUCAAAUACCUUCUCUUCACCUUCAACUUUUUGUUUUUCCUUGGAGGAACUGGUAUUCUUAGUUCCUCCACAUUUGUCAGGAUCAACAAAGCACACUUCCAGAUCACAGAUGAGCUUCUCCCGGCCAUAAACAUCUUGAUUUUUGUUGGCGCCAUGACUAUGACAUUUGGCUUCCUUGGCUGCUGUGGAGCUAUCCGUGAGAGCCGCUGCCUGCUAGCCAUUUUCUUCAAGGGCCUGCUGGUAAUGUUCCUCAUGCUGUUGUCUGUGGGAGUGUUGGGAGCCGUAUCGAGAACCGCGUCGGCCCAGGAGAUGUUGAAGAAACACAUGAAAGAUCUGCUUCCGCUCAGCGAACAGCCGGAAGAUAUUCAAGUUUCAUUUCAGACAGUGGAGACGACCGGGUUCUGCUGUGGAUUCUUCGUUGGACAUCUUGAUUGGGGAAACGCCAGAAUGGUGCCGGACUCUUGUACCUGCACAGACACCUCCAGAAACUGCACUGCUUUGGAAGAACGUGAGGUCUAUGCGACGCCUUGUAUGACGUACAUAAUGACGUGGUUGGACAGAGUAUCAGAAACCCUCAUGGGCAUUGCAUUUGGAUUUGGAAUCUUGAUGAUUCUGGGCAUGAUUUUCUCAUCAGUCCUGUUCUGUCAGCUGAGCACUGGAAAGAAACGCUUCUUUUAAAAGGUUCAUUACAAGCCCUGAAGUUUGCCUGUGUUUUUUUUUAAAGGACAAAGCAUCAUGUUCGUGUUGAAUGCUUCUUUGUUGGGCUCUGCGUCAUUGUACAUUUUGUUUACUUGUCUUUUAACAGUUUUUUUUGCAACUAUGUUGGUUAUUAAACAUUUUAACCAUGAAAAAAAGCUCCGUUUUAUUUAUUCAUGGAAAUUGCUAAAUUGCUAGUGCGGAGUUUCUUUCUUUUGUGUAGCAGAACUUUCAUAAAUCCUCAACAGUUAAUCAAUUUUUGGAAGUACUGCACUCUACUAACUAUUUAAAAAUGUGAAAACUAGCUCCGCCUUUUACUUUAAUGCAUCAGAGGAAAGUAGGUUAACACUUACGAGAAAUUUGUCGUAGUUUACACAUUUUUCUUGACAAAUGAUUUUAUAUCACAAUACAGCAAUCUUUGUUUUCUGCCGAUCCAUGUAAAUGUCUUACAUUUUGCUGAUAAUACUUUUACUUAAGUAUGAUUUUUAACGGGGGACUUUUUUCAAGAUGGUAGUUAAAUGUAUGUGUGCUGUGUAAAACUGGUGAUGAGAUUCACCUGCUAACUUUUCUGACCUCAGAGGGAAUUAAUGUGGCUCUGGGCUUUGAUAAACAUCUUCAGUCUCUCAUAAAGAAAACUGUCCUUUCAUCCUUAAAAAACAGUACAAUACUGGCUACACACCCUGGCAUACACUCACGGAAAGUAGGUCAUAAAGAUUUAUGCCUAGCUAAUAUGGUGCAUAAACUCAGUACCACAAACGUGGGAGAAGACUCCAACUCCAUAAAUUAAACCUGGAAAAAUCCACACUAAGUUAAAUACUCUGAGUAAACUAUUCCACAAAUAAAAAUGAUUUAAGCUGGUUAACCCUCCAUUACAUCAAUUCUGGACUUUGGAGAUACAUUUAUGAACAUUUGUUGGAGAGCAGGAGGCAAUGAAUGUGAGCAAUUGAGAAAACACACAGCUGUAACAUUUGUUAACUUUCCCUCCAGGUUGAGCUCUGUUCAGAA